GCAGACCCGUAGAUAGAUGUCGAUGAAGAUGCUCCCAUUACUGUGCACAGUUAUCUUCAUCCUCUCCCUUCUCUGCUCCCCUGCUUCUACACAACAGCCCACCGCCGGUAAGAAUACCGCAAAGCUCUUGAAACUUGCUAUUUACUGGCCAACCUCGCUCUGCAACGGCAAAACCAAGUGCAAGUACAACACUCCGCCUCCCGACCGAUUCACCAUCCACGGGCCGUGGCCCCUCUACAGGGACCCUCCCGGACCCGAGGACGUUGAUUGGAACACUUUUCCGGCCGCCACGGAGGCCCAGAUGAAGUUUGACUGGGCAAGCUAUGGCACCACUACAAAUCGAAAGUUUUGGGAUCACGAGUGGAGCAAACACGGCAGGGAUUCGGGGCAUCAGCCGCCGGCGUACUUCGAUCUGGGACUCACCCUCUUCCACAGAGUGGAUCUUGGAAAUCAUCUGAAGUCGGAAGGAAUGUACCCGACAGGGCAGACAGUGGAACAUAAAAAAUUCUCAGAGGCGGUCUCGAAGGCGGCGGAUGGGAAGACUGUGGUACUGCUGUGCAACAAGGACAAGGAGGGCGUGGUGCAGCUCUUCGAGAUCGAUAUCUGCCUGGACCAUUCCACGCCUGUGAAUGCCUACGUGAAUUGCGAGGGCAUGAAGUCUAGCUGCCCCGACCAGUUUCGCUUGACGAAAGCAAGUAGCUAGUAUGAUAUAAUCUGUCGGAUCUUCCGAUUCUACUGUCCAUGAUGAAUAAAUUAAUAUGAAUGCAUGCCUGCUGUACUACUAUAAGAAUGCACGAAUAGUACUCUCUACUUUUGUUA